GGUCUUUGCUCUCCGUCUCCUGGCUCCGAGGACGCCCAUGCUGUUUCGUUUCGGGGUGAUUCUUCCCGCCCGUCUGGCUGAAGGCGGGACGGUGCUUUGCGUGUCGGGGUCACGGCCGGAGCUGGGUCAAUGGGAGCCCAAGCGCGCGCUGGCCAUGAAGCCCAGCCGGCCGCUGGCUCCUUUGCCUGCUCAAGAACCGGUCUUGUGGCUCGGCGAGGUGGCGCUGCCCGAGGAAGAGGCCGCGAACACCUUUUGGUACAAAUUCCUCCGGCGGCUCGAGACCGGAGACGCCGUCUGGGAAGGUAAUGGGCCCCACCAUGAUCGAACCAGCAUUUAUAACCCAUGCAAUUUAGUUGAUGGAGUUUACUGCCUCCCAAUAGGACACUGGAUUGAGGUUUCUGGGCAUACAGAUGAAAUGAAACAUACAACUGAUUUCUAUUUUAAUAUUGCUGGACAUCAAGCUAUUCAUUGCUCCAGGAUUUUGCCAAAUCUGUGGUUAGGAAGUUGCCCUCGUCAAGUGGAACAUGUGACUAUCAAACUUAAACAUGAGUUGGGCAUUACAGCUAUAAUGAAUUUCCAGACUGAAUGGGACGUGGUUCAGAAUUCCUGGGGAUGCAACCGCUAUCCAGAACCAAUGAGCCCAGAGGUUCUCAUGAAAUUGUACAAAGAGGAAGGCCUUGCUUAUGUCUGGAUGCCAACACCAGACAUGAGUACUGAAGGAAGAGUCCAGAUGCUGCCUCAGGCUGUCUUUCUCCUGCAUGGGCUGCUGGAGAAUGGGCACACUGUCUAUGUUCACUGCAACGCAGGUGUUGGUAGGUCCACUGCUGCCAUUUGCGGCUGGUUAAAAUACGUGCUGGGAUGGAAUUUGAGAAAAGUGCAAUACUUUGUAGCCUCCAGAAGAGCAGCCAUCUACAUUGAUGAAGAAGCUCUGGUCCGUGCCGAGGAGGAUUUCUUCCAGAAAUUUGGGCCGCUCCGUUCCUCAUUCAAGCCCUAGCAGCAGCAGAAG